AUGAUCGACGCAACAUUUAUAGUACAUUUCACGAUUUGUUUUUUACUGAAGUUGAAAAUUUGUACCGCACAUAUUGACGGUGCUAAGCUUGAAGAAGAAUGCAAAAUAGCAGACAUAUGCCGGCAUGACCAAGUGCCAAUUUGCGGUAUCGAUUCCUGCGGCGAGAUGAGGACGUUCAUCGACACGUGCGACAUGAACGAGUUUAACUGUGAUAGCAAAAAAGAUUUCGUUCAAAAGCCCGUGCACGAGUGCUGGGUGACGUGCAAACGCGGCAGAAGCUUCAAGAAGAGCGCUUACGGCGCGGAAUGCGACCGCAGGAAUAAGAUUAACUAG